AUGCCGAGCCCCGCGCUACUCGGCGCGCUCUGCUGCGCCGUCCUGGCCGCGGCCGUGCGCGCCGGCUACUCGGGUGAUCGCUGCAGCUGGAGGGGCAGCGGCCUGACCCAGGAGCCCGGCAGCGUGGGACAGCUGGCCCUGCCCUGUGCGGAAGGCACCGUGGAGUGGUUGUACCCGGCCGGGGCUCUGCGCCUGACCCUGGGCCGCUCCGACCCCGGGACGCAGCCCAGUGUCGCAUGCCUGCGCCCGGCGCGACACUUUGCAGGGGCACAGGUCUUUGCGGAGCGGGCCGGCGGCGCCCUGGAGCUGCUGCUGGCCGAGGGUCCAGGCCUGGCUGGGGGUCGUUGUGUGCACUGGGGUCCCGGCGAGCACCGGGCCCUCUUCCUGCAGGCCACAUUGCACCCAGACAUCAGCCGCCGGGUAGCCGCCUUCCGCUUUGAGCUGCGCCAGGAUGGAAGGCCCGAGUUGCUACCCCAGGCCCAUGGUCUGGGUGUGGAUGGUGCCUGCAGGCCCUGCAGUGAUGCCGAGCUCCUCCGGGCCACCUGCACUAGUGACUUUGUGAUGCGUGGGACCAUCCGUGGGGUCACCCAUGACACGGAGCUGCAAGAGUCUGUCAUCCACGUGACGGCUGCCCAUGUCAUCCGCCACACGCUGCCACUGCUCAGGGCGGUGGGCACAGGGGGCCAGGUGCAGGCCUCCAUCCGCACCCCGCUGCACUGUGGGGUGCGCCCAGGCCCUGGCACCUUCCUCUUCAUGGGAUGGAGCCGCUUUGGCGAGGCCUGGCUAGGCUGUGCCCCCCGCGUCCAGGAGUUUGGCCGAGUCUACGAGGCCGCACGCGCUGCCCGCGUGCUUCUCUGCGAGGUGGCACUGGACUGA